GCGCAGACAGAUUGAACGAGAGAAGGAGCACGUUAAUUACCUUUGAGGGAGGAACGGAAGGGACGGAUGGUUCCCCCGUCGUAAUCUCGGAGUGUCCUCAUUUUCGCAAUGGUGGAGGAAUUUCGCGACGAAAGCGAAUCUCGAUGACGUUUUCGGGUGGACAGUGACUGCGGUUGUGUGCAACAAAUGGACGGAGAGUUAAUUUUAGAAUGGAAUCGUCAUUAAUUGGAUCGUUCUAGAGUGGGUGCUCUGUGACAGUGUGUUGAAGAAGAGUGUAUUUGAAGCUUUCUAGCAUUAACUGAACUAAUAUUUAUAGUGGGAGUUGCUGAUAAGACUAGACUUCUAAUGUAAUAUAUUAUGGUAUCACGCUUCGAACGCCUAAUGGGGUGCGCCUCGAUCCCGCUCGGACAAAGCCCGCCCGAGGACGACAACACGCAAUGCUCGGGCCGGGGUGACUGCCUCAACGGAACCUGCCUCUGCGAGAUCCGCUACAGCGGGGACGAGUGUUCCGGGUUCAAUCUGCCGUACCAUGCCGGCAUUUCGUCCGUGUUUUACUUUGUCGCGUUCAUCUCGCUGGUCCAGCUGAUGAUCUGCAUCAUCGCCGAGUACCAGCGGCUCAAGCAGCCCAGCUUUCUGCGGGCCUGCCGGCUCACGACGCAGAAGCUGCUCUACUUUUUCGUCUUUAUCGCGUCGGUGCUGCGCGGGGCGUACUUUACCACACCGGAAACACUCCAACCGGCGUGGGUUUCUUAUCUUAUGUCGGCGUACUAUCCGCUCGUGAUGACCUGCGCCUCGCUCGUCGUCUGCCUGUGGGCUGAGAUUUUCCACCUGCGCGACAUCCGCUGGGAGCGGUCCCAGUUUCUGUCCAAGAGCUUUCUGGGCUUCCUGGCGUUCAACCUGUUGCCGUACAGUUUGUUCCUGGCGGAGAUUGCGUACUCGCACCUGUUUUCCGGCCGCAGCACCAACUUCUUCAACGGCUGUUACGCCGCCCUGCUGCUCAUCGUGGUCAUCUUCUUUCUCAUCUACGGCGUGGAGGUGUUUUUCAAGGUACGCGGCGGUUUCGUGUACGACUUUGGCACCGUCCCGAACAGCGAGAAUGUGAACGCCAGCCAGCUGCACCAGUCGCGCUUCGGGCUGCUCAGCCAGGCGAUUAUGCUGAUCGUCAUCAUCGGGUUUCUCACGUCGGAAACGUUGGGCGACUUUUGGAAGAAGAAGGUCCCCGUGUACUCCCGCAACUGGCACGACAUCGUGUUCCGGCUGGCGGAGGUUGGCGUCGCGCUCUGGUUCCCCUGCUGUCUAUGGAACUCGAUGGCCCCCGAACAGCUGUGGAUUCUGAAUCCACGCAAACUCCUGACGCGCCAAAUCGACCCCGUCGCGGGUUGUUCCGGUGCCGGUGGGUCCGCCGGCGACGAGCCGGAAGCGUCCACGUCCACCGCCGAGGAGGGCCAGUCGUUCCUGGCGAAGAAGGACUGCUGGAUCUGCUACGACAGCGAAAAGCUCGAACCGCUGAUCCAGCCGUGCAAGUGCACCGGGGACGUCAGCUCGGUGCACCACGAGUGCCUGCGGCGGUGGCUCGUGGAAAGCUGUGCCACCUCGGACACGGUGCUCAAGUGCAAGGUGUGCGAGUCGCCGUACGAGAUCGAGCGGUCCAAUCGCCUCGACUGGGAGAAGGGCUUCACGAUCCAGCACUGGGCCAAGACGAUCAUCAUCGUGACGCUGAUGUGCAUCACGGGCGCCGGCGCUUGGGUCAUCAUCCAGCUGAACGAGGACUCGUUCGUGCGCGUGCUCGUCGCCGGCUUCGCCAUCAUCAUCGGGUACAUCCUGUUCAAGAUGCUGGGCGAAAACACGGUGACGGCGAUCGAGCGGGCCAAGGUCAGCUCGAUCAACAUUGUGACGUCGGCGUCGGAUCUGCACUCGGCCUCCACAAGUGGUGGCAGCGGGGUGCACGAAAAGCUCAACACGAUUUGUCAGGACGUGGAGUGCAAGUGAGCGAGGAGCGAACGAGUGUUGAUAGGUGAGAAAUAACAAACAAAAAUAUCUGUGACUGAAAACCCCCCAAUCGACGCAAAGCAGAAAGGAAAGGACAUCAUCGUGAGUUUAGGUUUUUUUUUUUGCUAGUCGAUAAGAAAAAGUUUAUCGAAUAAGUUAGUUGUUUUUAGCGCAGAGACGUACGCGGUGGUAGGAAGCUAUUCACAGUUUAGCUUGAAACGCUCACACACACACAUUUAUAAAUAUUUAACGACGACCCAAAACAAUACCUGAAACUUGUUUUAAGAGCAGCCGCGUCCUGCAAAGUUUGCGAAUAUUGCGACAACUCUCACACUUACACAACACACACACACGUAUAUAAAUAGCUUUUUAUAUAUACUUUUAUAAGAGAUCAAAUGGCGAGUUUACACACA